GUUUCUCAAUGUGGUAUAGUUAUUUUCCAAGCAUGCUGCAAGUUGUCAGUUACACGCAGUUCUCGAAACAGUGUGCACGAUGUGGAAAGCAGUUCCUCCAAUUUUAAUCCUCACCGUAGGAAUAGCGCAUUAUCUCAAAUACCAACAAGCAGAACCAGAGGCACCAAAGCUUCCAGAAACAUUCUGGGGACCAAAGGAAAAACUCGGUAAAGAGGAUACAAGUAUAAGAGAGUUUAAAAUCGACAUUUCACAAAAGAUAAUAGACGACCUUCAUGAACGAUUGGAUAGAUAUUUCAAUACUGCGAAUUUGAGACCAAAAACUUCACCCUUAGAAGAUGCUGAAUGGACUUAUGGAGUUAAUUUCCAAUAUUUGCAAAAUGUACUUCGCUACUGGAAAGAUAACUACAACUGGAAAAAGAGACAAGAACUACUUAACAAAUAUCCUCAAUUCAAGACCAACAUUCAAGGUUUGGAUAUUCACUUUUAUCGAGUGAAACCGACUUUGCCAAAGAAUAAAAAAAUAAAAGUUUUACCUCUACUUAUGGUCCAUGGAUGGCCUGGAUCGGUAGUUGAAUUCCAAAAGAUUAUUCCAAUGUUGACAACACCUCAAGCUGAUAAAGAUUUUGUUUUCGAAAUAAUUGCACCUUCUCUACCGGGUUAUGGUUUUUCGGAUCCUGCAGUUCGUCCUGGACUUGGACCCUCACAGAUUGCUGUAAUAUUUAAAAAUCUAAUGGCUCGAUUGGGAUACAAUGAAUUCUACACCCAAGGUGGAGAUUGGGGAAGUGUUGUUACUUCUACCCUUGCGACCCUUUAUCCCGAAAAAGUAAUUGGAGUUCAUUUAAAUAUGUGUGCCGUUAUAAGCUCGCCAAUGUCAUUAUUUUGGAGUCUGGUUGGAUCAUAUCUACCUUCGGUUGUCGUCGAUAAGGAAUAUGAAUCCAGAAUGUAUCCUUUGAGUCACCAUUAUGGUAGAAUGUUAGAAGAAAGUGGAUAUUUCCAUCUUCAAGCGACAAAACCAGACACUAUUGGUUCUGCAUUGUCAGAUACUCCAGCUGGUUUGGCAGUUUAUAUUUUAGAAAAAUUCAGCACUUGGACAAAUCCGGAGUAUAGAUUCCGAGCCGAUGGUGGUUUACUGGAAAAAUUCCAAAUGGAUGAGUUGUUGGAUAAUUUAAUGUUGUACUGGGUUACAAAUUCAAUAACAACUAGUCAGAGACUUUAUGCUGAAAAUUUCAGUAAAGCUCACAUGUCAUUAAAAAUUGAAAGUGUGCCACUACAUAAACCCGUUGCCUGUGCAAUUUUCCCAUAUGAAAUUUUUUAUCAAUCUCAAUCACUUCUUCAAUCGCGAUAUCCAAAUAUAAUUCAAUUCAAUCAUUUGCCACGUGGUGGUCAUUUUGCUGCCAUGGAAGAACCACAACUUCUUGCCGAUGAUGUCUAUUUAUUCGUGGAAAAAGUGGAAAAACAGCUGAAAGAAGAACAAUUUAAGUCCAAAGAGGAAAUGAAAAAAAAUAAGAAGAAAAAUAAUUAAAACAUUUUCAAUGUGUUUAUAAAAGAGCUGUGAAAGAUAUUUUUUUUUUUGAAUGAAUUUUUAAUUAUAAUUUUAUUCCGGACAGUGAAAUUUCCGGAAUUUUUGUUGUUUAUUUUUCUAAAUAAAUACCGAAUAUUUCUAUUAAA